AUCACAAAGAUGGGUAAACACAUGACAUUUUUCAAAUAUAUUCCAGUGAGUAUUAAGCUGUAAUGAUGGAUGCAAACGUUAAACUUGUCAAUUUUUAUUAACUGUUAAAAAUGAAAUUUACUAUAGUGAAUGUUAAAAGUUAACAAAUUUUAUAUAAUAUAGAUGACUUCUACAUUGAGAAAAUUCAGCAUUAUUGUAAUGCCAUUUACAUAACUCCUUAAAAUUCCCUCAAGGUAUCUUAUUUCAACACUGAAUCUUCAAAACAUUUCACCACCCAAAAUGGUUGUGGUCAAUCUCUGGUAACGAUGUUUAACCUAAGUUACAAUUGCAUAUAGAUUUACCAAAAAUUGUUUUAAGAUGACGUUAUAAUUUAGGUUCACCUUACACCCCACAUUUAAUAUUUUACAUAUAGCCUUGCACAAUUUCUUAUGUUAUCCUCACUUGACUUCUAUACGAAAGGGGAAUUUGAUUAUGCCUUAGCUUGCAAUAUUAAGUGUGCCAUUUCCUCUGGACAUGCCGAACCUUAAAGUGAACUGGUCAACUCGGGUCAUUGUGACCAGAGUAGACUUCCUUGUUCUCAGUUUCAACUUCCCUGUUCAGUCAUAUAUCUGUUGAUAAAUAUUCAUAAGUUAUCAGACUUGUUUAUCCUGAGUGUUCGUCCAGUCCAGACAUUUCCAUGCUAUUGUUUGAAGAAUCUCUGCUGCUCCGCUCAGACCUCCAGACUACGAAACAUUUUCCAGUAGACCUGAUUGGAAUUGAUCAAAUCUUAGAACAUCUUAGAAAUAUUAUGCAACCGUACAGGGUUUUGGUACAAGGGCCUUCUCAUCCUCUGGUUGCACAACUGGGGGGUUCAUUAACACUGCCCUGCUAUGUGGAAACUCCAUUAGCACUGGAUGAGCUGGAAGUUGAAUGGAAAAGGACAGAUGAACAGAUAUUAGUGCAUCUAUUUCAGAAUGGAGAAGUUAGACCUGAGGCUCAAUACCAAUCUUACAGGGGCAGGGUACAUUUUGUGUCUGACCAGAUCUCGAAAGGAAACUUUUCAAUUGUUUUGGAAAACAUAACAGUUGCUGACACGGGUAUCUACGAAUGUGUAGUUUAUUCUCACCAGGAUGUUGGAGAGAUCUCUGCUCAAAUUCAACGUGUAGAGCGUGUAGUUGUGACAGGAGACCACAAUGUUGUGUUUGCAUAUGUCGGUGAGGAGGUUGUUCUGAACUGCAUGGUUGAUUCGCAUAUUUCCCCGUACCACUUUGAGGAGGUCUCAUGGAAGAAGAUUUAUAAAAUGUCAGACACUGUCCUCGUGUUGCUUUUCCAAAAUGGGACACCAUUCCCAGAGUCAUCUGACAUACAUUACAGAGAAAGAGUCGAGUUCUUCACAGAGGAAAUUCCCAAAGGCAACUUUUCAAUUAAACUAAAAAAUGUCCAGACUUCUGAUAAAGGAGAAUACAAGUGUGAAGUUCACACAAAAUAUUCAGUGACCUCUGCCACUGUGAGAAUAGGCCGGCUGGGAAUGUCCACUCUACACGUGAUAAUAUUGAUGCUUUGCUUUAGUUCCCUGUUGUUGACUUUUGUCCUAAGCUUUCCAGUCACAAUCUAUAUAAGCAGAAAAGAUACUAGCGCAAGGUCAAUGUACAUUCAUUACUUGCAAGUUUUCUGUCCCAACAUUUGUUUAUCUAUUGCAUUUUGUCUUUGGGGUGUAAUUGAGGGGUCUUUAGUUGAGGUAGUGAUGUGUGCAACCAUUAAUCUGACCAGGAUAUUUUUGUUACUUCUUAUGGCCCCAUAUUUUAACUGGAAUACCGUCAUUUCAGUUGAUUUUCCAGGUUACAUCCAGAGAAUGAUUGAAUUUACAAGUAUUCCCUUUGCUUAUUUUUUUAUUGCCACUGCCUUUUGUUCAGUUGUUCUGCAUGAUCUUUGGAACUCAUCUCAGUGGAUUGAAGUUGUACUUAUGAGUGUUGGUGUUAUUCUGGUGUCAUCCAUACCAGCAUUUCUUCAAACUUUAAGCAAUGUUUGCUUCAUACAAUUUUUUAAAGUCCAUUUUUCUCUUUUGUUUAUAAUAGGAUCUUCAGGACAUGUUCUUAUGCAGUUAAGCAAUAUUUUCCAAAUGCGUCUCCUUUUCUACAGAUCAUCAAGUGUGGAUGAAUCUAUGAUUACAGCAACAUAUGUUUUUGCGGGAAUAAGUUUUGCCAUAUCUUUCAUAGUUCUUCCAAUUCCAGCAAUUCGACAGUACACGUGUGCGAAGCUUCACAAAAAGCAACUUUAUAAACUUAUAUGGAGAUGUUAUUUAAUUUGGGUAAAUGUUAUGGUUGGUACACUGGUCUUGCAUAGUGCAUUUAUUAUUUAUUAUCUUAUCAAGAUUCUGGAAAACAAUAAAGACCGUUUUGGAUGGGUCUUUGUCGCAGUUCUACAACAUAUUUUAACUGCAGUUGCACCUGAACGAUUCACUAUAACAUUUCUUGGUAAAAUGUCCACAGUUUUAUUCAUGUAUGGUGCAGCAGGUCUUCCAGUGGUCAAUUCAGUUUCUCUUGCUACAGAAUUAAUACUACAAGUUUACAAGGGUGAGAGAACGAUGCAUGACCUGCGUGUAGUAGUGCUGCCAUUUGAAAGCAUUAUGUCUGGUGUGUGGCUGAUCUUACAGAUUUAUACAUACUGGAAAGUUCGAGGGAAAGAUGUAGUGGAGGAGCUGAAUGUACUAAGAGACGCUGUGGCAGAUUGCACACCUCAGAGAGAAAGUGCUGGUGAGGCAGACCGGCUCAGAGAAAAUACCCUUACUGAAACCAGAAGACGUCGACCAGAAACAUUGCCAUUCCUUAGACAGCAUGAACUAGACACACGGGUUUAAUAUCUUCAAAACGAUCAUUUGACAACAUGUACAAUAUGAACAAAAUUGUAGUAUGAGGCUAUAUAGUGACCUGUAAAUGUAUAUAUGCUCCUGUACAUUGAUAAAGCAUUGCAUCAGCAACACAAAAUUCAUGGUUUCGAGUCUCAGGGAACACACAUAUUGAUAAAAGAAAUGUUUAGAUUAAAUGUUGGUCUGUUUGGAGAAAAGCAUCUGCAAA